GGCCGGCCGUGGGAGCUCGAGGCACGAGCCCUAACCUUAGCGUUAUACCCUUCCCCUCCCCUUCCAUCGCUGUUGUUGACGAUGUCCGCCAAUUUUCAGGCCACGGCGGGCGAGCUUUCGCUCGUGACGCGAAUAUUUGCUCAAGCCGACCCAAAUAAGACAGGUUUCCUGUCUGGAGACGUUGCUGUACGAGUAUUUGGCGGGGCCAAGCUCCCGCCCACGGUUCUCGGAGAAAUAUGGAAUAUUGCAGAUGACGAGAACCGAGGGUCAUUGAAUAGUAAGGGCGUGGCAGUAGCACUCAGGCUCAUAGGAUGGGCGCAGAAGGGAGAGAAGGUCACUCCCGCUCUCGUCAAUCAAGCUGGCCCUUUGCCAAUCAUCGAGGGAGUCUCAGGUAUCUCUACUCACAAUACUGGGAUGUCGAUACCUCGCUCGCCUCCACCCUUGUCUGGUUUACCUCCAUUUACUGCCCAGGAUAAGGCCAAGUUCCAAAAUAUGUUCUUAAAGUCCGGACCAACAAACGGACUUCUCAAUGGUGAAAAAGCUCGCGACAUUCUUAUAAAGUCGAAACUUUCAAACGAGAAACUUGGUCAAAUUUGGAAUCUCGCAGAUACCCAUGACCGUGGCUCCCUUGAUGCAACAGACUUCGCUAUUGCGAUGUACCUCGUUCAAGGAGCAAUGUCCGGUCAAAUCACCACCAUUCCCUCGGUCCUACCCCCUGCUUUGUACCAACAGGCUUCGGGAUCUCCUGCAGUACAGAGCGCCGUCCGAGCUCAAACAACGGGAACUAGUGGCUCUUUCAGCCCUAUCAACAGCACUUUCUCUCAGAGAACUGUUCAGUCUCAGUAUACAGGUCAGAACCAGUUACCUUUACAGGCAGACGUCACAGGUGGUUUCCCGGCACGUAGGGGUCCUCCCGUACCUCCUCAUCUCCCCGCACGGCCCAGUCCCUCGCAAGUUGGAUCCGGGGCGUUUGGCCGGGCGAGCGUAAAUACCCAUUGGGAUAUCACACCGGCGGAGAAGACCGAUUCCGACAAAUUCUUUGAUAACCUUGAUUCACAAAGACGAGGCUACAUUGAAGGCGAUGUUGCAGUUCCAUUUAUGCUCGAGUCACAACUUGGUGAGGAAGACUUGGCUCGAGUUUGGGACCUUGCUGAUAUUAACAACGACGGUCGCCUCACUCGCGAUGGAUUUGCCGUUGCUCUGUAUCUUAUCAAAAAGAAGCUGGCCGGUGUAGAUGUACCCGCAACUCUGCCACCGACUUUGGUUCCACCUUCUAUGCGCAAACCCAAUGGCUCUGCAUUUGCACCUGCACCUUCUCCUCCACCUCCUGCUGCACCAGAGCCCGCUAUUGAUCUAUUAUGGGAUGACGCGCCGGCCCAACCGGUACCCGCAGCUGCCCCUUCUCGGGCGUUCAGCAUUCCUCUCCAACCGACGGGCUCUCAAGUCUCACCGCCUGCCUCGUCGUUCAACUCGCCUCCUCAACCGAAGCCGGCGGCCCAAGACCCAUUCCGUUCUUCACCUUUCGGAUCUGGAUCUGGAUCUGCCGCAGCCAAGGACCUACUUAGUGAUGAUGACGACGUGCAAGCUGCGCCUCCUCGAUUGCACGAUCAAUCUGCUGAGAUCGGUAACACUCAAAACCAACUUAACUCCACGAACCGAUCAUUGGAAACCACCAAGACCAAGCGAGCCUCCGUCGAACAGACUCUUGCUAACCAGGCUGCUCAAUUAAGUGCACUGCAGACCCAGCUUUCGUCGGCAAAGGCUGCUUAUGAGACAGAAACCAAACUGUUAUCAACCCUUCGGGAUCGCUUGAAUGCUCAGACAGCCGAAAUUCAGAAGACCCGAGAGACCCUUAUCAGCUCGGAGAGUGACUUGAGCGCUGUCCGAGUCGAGAAGGCAGAGAUCGAAGGUGCCUUUUUACGAGACAAAGAGGAGGCCAGGGAGUUGCAUCGUAAGAUGUUGGAGUUCAGCCAGCAAGCUGACGCGUUGAAGGUGGAGACGGAGAAAGUCAAGAAAGAAGCCAAGCAGCAGAAGGGAUUACUCGCGAUUGCCAAGAAGCAGCUGAGCACCAAGGAGGCUGACAGAGCCAAGGCCGAGAAGGAGUUGCAAGAGGCUAAUGCCGAGUUGGUUGCAGUGAACAAGGAGAAGGCAGAGACCGAAAUGAAGAUUGCAGAGCUAGAUGCUACACCGAUAGUUGCGCCUGCUCCAGAACGGGCACUUUCAUCUGACUCGGUUGCCUUUGCUGCGUCACACGCGCUGCCUGCUACGCCUGAUCCGACAAGUCCAGCCGUUAGCACCAAAAGCAACAACCCCUUCGAUAGGCUGGCGAUGUCGUCCGGGCAUUCGACUCCACGCUCAGAAUCACCGUUUAUGCCAUUUGCUGCUACGUCCCUUCCAAGCCCGCCCACUACCACUAGUGCAAACGUUACUGAAAGUGGUGAUCCCUUUGGUUUCUCUCAAGCGUUCGAGAGCCUGGAUGUGUCGCCCGAGCCGGCGGCGUUGGAAGCUACCAAGGCUCCUAUCGAAGAACCGGAAGUAUCUACUCCAAAGCCACCAGCUGCUGAGCUUGGGAUGUCUACUGCGCAACUACCGUCAGAAGCACCCACAUCACCUGGUUCCGCUAGUGAGACCGAGGUUUUCAGCACUCCACCCACGACAUCUGCAGGUCUCCCGGAGUCUGCUAAUGGCAAGCAGUCAACGUUAGAAGACGUGCCUUCCAAAUUUCCUCUAAUUGAGGAACCUGUCACUGUGUCGCCUGCGCCUGAAAGCGAAGUUCCUACGGAGCCUCCAAGGAAGUCUGAAGACCACACUGAUUUGGGAGCCCCACUAAAAGAAAUUGAAGUGGAAGAAUCGGAUAGUGAUAGUGAAGAAGAUGAGGUUCCUCUCGCACUACUGGCCAAGAGGCUGUCGGAAAGCCCACCUGUGAUUGCUGCACCUCCGCCGGCUGAAACAAAUGGACCCUCAACUGCACCCGCGUCGUCAUUUGAUGAUAUAUUCGGUGUCGGCUCUUCGCCUUCCCCAGCCACUGCCGCUACCUCGACAGGAGAGGCGGAUGCGUUUGGGGUACCUAUCAAAAAAUCCCCCAGUCCUUUUGACACGUCCGACGUCUUCACUUCGUCACCUACGGAGAAACCACAGAAUGGGCGCGUCGUAUCGGGAGUCAAUGUAUUCGACGAGGCAAUGGGCAAAUUGCCAAGCACCGGACCAUCGCCUACCAGUUUCAGCUUUGAUUCUGCAUUUGAAGACAACUUCGACUUUGGAGCCUCAACCGAGCCAGCUUUCCCGCCUGCUCCCAAAGCUGUCAACGGUGGUGCUACGUCACCACUACCCGCGCCCACCAAAGAUGAUGGUUUUAAUUCCCUGUUCACGACGCCUACCAUUGUUACAACUAACGGAAGUCACACAUCUGCACCGGCUUCAGAUCGCGUGCCAACGCCCACUCCUGCAGCUGCGUCAACUACAACCUCACCUACAAGCACGACAGAACCUUCUGGACCGUCAUUUGAUGAUGUGUUUUCGGGCUUCAACCCGUCUCCGUCAUUGAAUUUGGACACGACGUUAACGGCAACCCCAGUCAAGGUCACCGAGUCACCGAAGCCGCUGCCUGCAAGUGCGUCGCCACCGAGUUCUCUACAGGGCGGCCGCCCCAUCUCGCCCCCUAUAAGAGAAAGGUCGCCACCGCCGCGCGUUAGUUCACCCAAACCCCGGCCUUCGACGUCAUCAUCAAGUAAGGAAGGACAUGAGCUCAGGCCUCCCCCGCCACGGCAUUCGAAACUCAGUAUACGACUACCAUUUGGGAAGAAGAAGAAACAAGAGGCCGUGGCGCCUCCGCCAUCUCAGUUCCUGACGCCUCCCGCUGAAGAGCUAAGGAGCACGACUCCCGCUAGCGACGACGAUGUUGAGCCUGUCAAACAGCUGACAGCUAUGGGUUUCAGCCGAACCCAGGCAGUUGCAGCCCUUGAAAAAUACGGCUAUGACGUUUCACGCGCGCUGAAUAGUCUGCUUGGUCAAUAAAGGUUUCGCAUACUGCUUCGUUCCAAUGUACAAAUAUGUUCACCUUAUUUACCUCAACUUUCGUUAAAAUGAACAGUUCCCUACGGAUUCUUAUUUACGUUCCACAUUCACUUACUUAAUUUCCCGAAUCUCCUCUAAUGGUCUGCUUCGGCUUGACGUUGUAUGCAUGCUUUUGCGUACAAAUUCUAUUGCAUUCUUCCGCUUUGUUGAGUGGGCUGCUACUCAGAUAUGAGUUCAAUUUGUUACUAUUCCUCAUCGUGUCGGAAAUUUAAUAUUUCUAAUUCCAAAUAAAAUUCGUGGGCAGAAACUUGAGGAAUGCAACUUCGCAAAAGAGCGCCAAUCACGAUUUAUGCAGUACUAUUGCAGAUGCCAUAAGCAG